AUGUUGUCUAUACGGGAGACAAUCUCAAGAAUAGGCAAAUCCAUACGGCAGAUCGAUAGUCUAUCCAAAACAAAUAAACCCCCAAACAAACCCCAUCCACGCAAUGAACGACAGGUACUACACAAGGAAAACAAGUACUUGCCCAACGAGAAACUAGCACAACUCAAACCCAUGUACACUGACUUCCAAAGAAAGGUGUUCCAGGACUUUCUCAAGCCAAUAGAGAUCCCCAACUUAAAGACAUUUAACGAGAAAGAGGAGUACGAUAGUGCGCUGGCGUCCAGGAAUUGGAACAAACGGGCUUCCCAAAAACCACAAGACGUCUUGGAUACCUUCCUCGCAGACAAACCCGAGUUUGACAAAUUGAUCAAGUACUUGUUGGAAAUAACGCCACCUCACUUGAAGAAUAUCGACUACCACAACGAACUGACUAUACGCCGAAUCCUAGAUCAAGAAGCAAUACGUGCAUACGACGUGCCGCACCAUGCAUUUCACGAAAUCCCUCCAAUACCGUCACCACUCACAAAAGACUCGUUCGAACAAUACAUCUACCACCUCACCCACUGCAAGUUUCAUUAUAGAAACUCCCUGUCGUUGCAGUCGGGCAUUAUCCCUCACAUACUACUAUACACACACAAGACAACCACCACCAAAUUCAGGCCGUUUCGGUCAACCACAACAUUCAAUUGGUUGAUAAAAUACUUUGGCCACGACAAGAACCAAAGCUCGUUUGCUCGAGAACUAUUGCUCGUGAUGAACAUAGAAGGGCACUUGCUCAAUACCGAGACAAUUAACAACCUACUAAAAGUGGUCAAGGUGCACUCGCGAAUCAGAGCAAAUGCAAACUCGUUUACGUUAGCAUUAAAGUAUUUAAAGUUGAGCCAAAAGUUGGGAAUAGACGUGAACCUACUGACAUGGAGUAAGGUCUACGAUAUCAUCCACAACGUGCAUCUAAAAGAGGCCUUCAUCAGUUUCAUACAAGAAAACGGUAUACCGAUACUGAGAGGUUUGCUCUUGCGAAUUAUUGACGAUUUUGCUACGAUAGCGUCGACAACAGAAGAUUUGAUAUACUUUAUUGAGAACGAUUUGGGGUUUAAGCACUGGGAGAACGACGAUAUGAUACGAGCCAAAGUGAUAUUCCACCGCGCAAGAGUCAACGGUGGGCCAUUUACCGGAUCUAACGAGUAUGACUUUAAAAACUGGUUGCUAGGAUUGAAAAGCAGCACCCAACUGAGCAGUUUGUUGAUGCUACAGCAGUAUUUUGGGAGAACUAUUGAAAUACAUGAAACGAUUCCUAUUUACAGUAUAAUUAUCGAGAGUUUGGUGAAUGAGUAUACAGAUAUAAGGCAUUUGAAGCAGCUAGUGUUUGUUGUUCGAGGGAUGAUAUAUGAGGCCACGCAUGUGCUCAGUAUACCGUGUGAGAUCAUCCAGUACGCCGACUCCCAAACCAUCCCCGAAAACUACAAGAUGCUAGCACGAAUUCUGUAUGGCAAGUUGCAUGAAUUACAGGCAAGAGUCGAGUUUGCCAAUAACCACACUUUUGAAAACAUAUCCCUUCCCUGGGAAAUGCUCUCCCAAGAAGAAAUCGAAAAGUGGUUGGCCUUGACCAACAAGAUCAAGAAUGAUCAGGCAUACCAACUAUUCCCACACUUGCAAGACUCCAGGGAGUUCCCGAAACCAGAAAUUGACAAGAUUAUGAGCCACAUCAAAGCAAAAGGCGUCGCUAGUAGAAACAGGACUAGAGUGGAUAAAAUAACCCAAGGGUUCGAUGACUACACCGUCGCCUUGAUGAAGGAGAGGUGUUUGCUCUAA